AUAGUGUAUUCAUAUUGACUUUGGUAUGGUUUUAUAAUGUUUAGGUACUUUCACUGGCAAACAACUACGGAAUGGAACGUACUGAUUAUACAUUGCCAUUUUACCUAGCAGCUACAUAUCCCUGCAAAGAUGAACAUUUCGAUAGGUUGAAGAUCGUAAAUGUGAUGAUUUCUUUGAUUAAUGCAAUGAAGUGUGUUAUCUUGUGCAGUGAAAAAUUUACAAAGUGGUGAAGCUAAUUUUAACUGAAGGCGAAUGUAAUAACAUUUUAGAUUCAUUGUAUAGACCCUGGAUUGAAAACGGAAGAUGUCUGAACAGAGAGUUCUGUGUCAGUUUUGAGUAUUCGAUCAUUGCAAGAUCAGUGCCUGCCAUGGAGGGUGAAGGAGGCGACCCGUCAUCUGUGAACAAAAAUCCAAGGAUCAUUAAAGGGGCCCAAGAAGAAGUAGCCUGCUUGGAUGUGCUAGUUUGUGGCACCUGCCAUUAUGUGUUUCAUUUUAUUGAAGAGUUUCAAGAACAUAAGAAUGCCAGUGAGUGUGGAAAACCCACAUUCAAGGCCAAUUUAUCAGAAUCAAAACCUCAAGUCUGGGCAUUCUUGUUGUGGAAGAGUUCAGUAAUGAAUCAGCAUAAAGUAGAAGGAGAAAGAGAUCCAAUGAAUUCAUGGAAGCUUUAUCAACGAUGGUGUAAGAUGGCAGAGAACACAAGAGAAUCAUGGAUUGCUGCUGGCAAGUCUAUACAGACCUUUUCUACACUUGCCAAUGCUAAAAUGGCAGAAGUAGUACAUUCCAGCAAAAGUCCCAUUGAGACAAGGCCUCGAGUUGUUACUACGAAGUCUAUGCCAAUAACUGACGACGAGGAGGAUGACUACAAAUCAGAAGAAAUGAGUGCAAAUGAUGCAGAAAUAAAAACAGAACAGCGAAAAGUCGUACGUAAGAUUGUACGUAUACCUGUAGAUAAGAAUGGCAGUGCGAGAGAUGUACGCCGAGUACGUGAUGGCCAGGGUACCAAAGAAAUACGGACAUAUUCCAUCAGAAAGGAUUCUUCAGGUGAAGCAACAAUGGCAAAGACUGAUGUGAAAGAAUCUGCUCCCACUGUCAGUGAAAGUGAUGGAGGUGAAAAAGAUGAAUGUCUGGAAUCUGAAGAGAAGGAAAAUAUAAAGGAACCAACAGAGAAAGGAACAGAAUCUGCAAAACCAGAUAAAGAAGACGAAGAAAAGAACUCGGAGACACUGCAGCCAGAAUCCGAAGCAUCAACCCGCAUAAAAACUGGAGACAUUAAAUUAGUGAAGGACCCACUUGGUGAUGGAAUGGUUGAAAUCAAGGUAGAGCAUAUGAGCAGCGAAGAGGACCAGGUGGAAGAGCAAGCCGAGCAUGGAGAAGCAGGCAUGAAACUUCGGGUUCGUGGUUCAUUUAGCCCUGCAUCCCUGACACAGCGACCAGGCACAGUGAAAAGGAAACCCCUACCAGAUAGCAAACUGUCAGGGAACAGAGUGGUACGGCGAAGUGAUAAAAACAAGGACAGUGAAGACGAAUAUGUCGUAGAAAAAAUCCUUGCAAAGAGAUUCAACCCAAAGAGGAAAUACUAUGAGUAUUUACUGAAAUGGGAAGGGUAUCCAACCGAUCAGAAUACAUGGGAACCCGUGGAGAACAUGGCAGCUUGUGAUAAAUUGGUUGAGACAUUUGAACGUGAGCUUGCAAGGCAGAAAGCAAUUCAGCACAGAGCUACAAGCCAAAUGGCACAGCAGCAGAAACUAAAUCAAGGCAUAGCUGAGAAGUCAGUGAUAAAAGUUAAAACUACAGGAAAACCAGAAGAGUUGAAUCAGCCAGGACCUAGUGGUUUAACAACUUUUGAAAGCCGUCCAGUACGAAGCAGCAAGAAGAGAGCUCUGGAGCAAGUUAAGUCAUGGUGUGGCUCUAUGACCAAGAAAGAAUUUGAAUCAGGUAAAAGAAAAGCUGGAGAAGAAAGUGACUCUGAUGAUGACAUGGUACCUGACAAAAAAAUAAAAUUAGAACCUCCGGAUGAUGAUUGGAGUGGAGGUGAAAUGGGUGCAUCAUGGAAUAGUGGUGGAUCUUCAGAUGAAGACUCAAGUGAGAAAAAAAGACCCAAACACAAUAUUGUAUCGGUGCAAGGAAACCAAAACAAAUCAAUGGGUGUGAUUCACAAGGUCCCCAUGGUAAAACUUGGAGAUGAUGUAAUGAAACGGGGACAUGGCAGGUCGUCAAAACGGAUUCAGUCUGUUGAUUCAAGUAAUACUAUAAAUGGAAUUGCCAAAAAUAAAAGUCCUUCUACAGUGGAGAAAGAUUUGGCCGUUGAAUUGGGUCUAGCAUCUGAUUCUUCCCCCGAACAUAAUAAAAAACCACAGCCCACUUUAAAACAGCCUCCUCCAUCACAGCCUCCAGUUCUUGUUGCCAACUCAAAAGGUGUUAUUAAGGUAGAUCCACGACAGGUCCCAAAUCUUACUUCUGGUGUCUAUAUAAUAUCAAAUAAAUCUGGUAUUGUUAAACUGAAUGAUUUGCCUUCUUCGCCAGUGAAGGCAAGAAUAUCGCCUACAAAACAGUCUCCACAAGGACAGAAAGUUGGAAAUGCUGGAGUUGUGAUAUCAGGAAGCAAAAGAGAUGGUGUACAGACUGGCAUUGUGCGAAAAUCUCUCUCCCAACCAAUCACGGGAACUCGUUCUGUUGUAGGUCAGACUUCAUCAAAACAAGGAACACCACUAAGAUCACCAUUAAAUGUGAAUUCUGGUUUGAUCCGGGUGACACCAACAGGAAGUUUGAACAAGCCAUUGUCAGGACUAUCUCAUAUGGGGAUCUCAGGGGGAAGACCUCCUCUCAUCUCACCACGAGUUGGUUCUCGACCUUCUCUGUCUUCUCCCCGGCCACUUUCUAUGUUAACUCAGAGGCCUGGCUUAUUGCAGGCAUCUCUGCGACCGGGACUACAACCCAGAUUACCUGGGAUGUCUCUCAGACCAAGUUUAGGUUCUGGUAUUAAAAGGUCACCUAUAGCAAUACCAGGAGUUCAGACCAAAAUCUCCAGUACUCUAAGACCAAAAAUGCCUCUGCAGUCACCUCUAGGAAGGGGACUGAUACGAACUCCUUCUCCAGCUGCGCAGGUGAAGAGUGGAAUUAAACCUAUCCAUGCAAUGUUAGGUAAGGCUGUGCAGAGUUAUGUCCCAUCACCAGCAAUGACUGCACAACAGAGAUUAAUAUUGGCCAAGAGACAGCAGGCAAAGGAUACUGCCGUCUUGUUGAAACAGGGUUCUGGUGGUGUACUGAUGCCGCCAGGUUCAGUACAAGUGAAACCUGGCUUAAAACUAGAUGAUCCAAAGUUGAAGAAGCCAAUAAGCAGAGGAAAGAGCAGGGGAAUUUCAGUGGGAGACAAUGUAAAUAAUGGUAAACAAAGGGAUAGCAAACUAGUGGAUGGUGAUGGACUUCAUAUGGAGUUCCAUGAAGUUCACACAAGCAGUGAUAGUGAUGACGGAGUUGAUUCCUUGCCAGAGCUUCCAAUGGGAGAUCUUCCCUCUUUGGAACCAGACAGCCCACCACGUCCAUUUACGUUAUGUCCUGAAACUGGAAAGAUAUUAGGUCAAGCAGAAGGAGAACCAACACCAGUUCCAAGUCCUGAACCUGAGCCAGAGCCUGAAUCAGCACCAGGAGCAGAGGAAGAUGCAGAAGAAAUCCUACCUGACAAGCGAGAGGGUUCACCUAUUCAUAUUGUUCAGGAAUCGCAGUAUCAGAGUGGCGAAGAAGAAACCCUACUGAAAGUCGAAAUGAGCCCUGGUGGAACGACGGGAACUGUGAUAGAGAGUAAUAUUGCUGAUCCGACAGCAUACAUGAACACACUAAGGACAGAGGAGGGCUUGACUGUUACAAAGAUCAGUACCACAAAUUCUAGCACAAAUGGCUCACAGCAACAGGUUACUGUAUCCACACAAAAAGCUGGUGGAGGUAUUUCUGUUCCGGCAAGAAAACUGUUUCUGGACACUACCAACAGCAGUAGUAGUGUUGGCAGUGGUAGUGCUGCCAGUACCAGUGGGGGCAGUAAUGAAAUGAGCACCGAAUUAGUGACAUUUGGGGAAGAUGGUGUGGUGUAUCAAAUUUCAACAGAGGAAGAGCAGGAUGGGGGGGAAGCAAUGUUAGUGUCUGCAGACGGAGAGCCGCAGUGUGUGUAUGUAACGGCGGAACAAGCUGCAGGAAUGGAGGAUGGCUCUGUUCUCACAUUGGACACUGCUGUUGCUGAGGCUGUAGCACAGCUCAUGCCUGAUCAAGUGAAUGUGAUAGGGGGUGGCAGCGGUUGCUCACAGUUUUAUGUGAAGGAAGGAGAAGCAGAUAGUGAACAGCUGAUGAUCACAUCAGGGGUUGAGCAAGGAGAGGAAAUGACACAGGCCCAAGUUGUGGCUCAGGUCGUCCAGGAAGGAGAACCAAUGUCUGGGGCAGGUGCAACAAGAAGAGUGGUACUUUUGCUGCCAGAUGGUAACCUCAUGAUGACUGAGGUGGAUGAGGAGCAAUAUGCAGCUCUAGAAUUGGAUAAAUGAGCCACAGAAAUCUGCUUGCAGAUUCAGAAUGUAAUGUCAACAUAGUAGUUGGAACAUUGAAGUUAAAUAAUGUGGAGUUCUUGACAAUUGCAGCAGUUUUAAUGAACAUCUGCUGACAAGUAUAUUACAUUCAGUGGCUGUAGUCCACAUUUUACCAUUGUACAGAAGCUCACAGCAGUGUAAGUUCUCCACGUGCUAGUAUAAAGAAGACUGGAAAGGAAGUGAUGUUUUGUAAUUGACAUGAUUAAGUAACAGUUAUUUUGAUUUGGAAACCUGUUAUGAAAAUAUGUCCACAGAGGGCUGUACAAAGUGUAUAGCUUAAUGUUAAGGGAAGAAGAUUGCAGAAUUUAAAACCUGUGUUUUAUUUAAUCAUUGUAAACAUGUUAUAUUUCUUUCAUAUAAUAAAUCUGUGUGUAUCAUAAAAUUGAGUGAUGAAUAGACAUUUAAUAGGCAAGUGGACAAGCAAUACCGUGGUAAUUAUACCAGGCCUUCACAGUUUUAGUUUUUACAAUAAGCACAUUUUCAUGUUAAAUAAGUACCUCUAAAUUAUGCUGCUCAUGAUCAAAUUUUUUCCAUUUAUCUUUUUAAUACAAAUCAGUAUGUGUCUUCAGUUUACAGGAACUUCAUGUCCAUGGAGUCUGUUUUGUCAAGUGUUAGUACUGUAUAAACAUGCCAUUUUGAAUUUAUGGCUGUAUUUCAUAUCUUUAGAUCAGUUUAAAUUAUUACAGCUUAGUGGGAAAACUACUAUGUAUUUGACUCAACUUUUAAUAUAGAUGUUGGUCCAGAAGCUAAAUAUAUGUGUAUGCUUAGUGCUUACAGAAAGACAGGACACUUAGGCAAGUCUGUAAUGUAAUAACUGUACUUCAUUUACAUGUUAAAGAGGAAAUUUGAUCAUGUCUCCAUAAUUUUUUGCCACGUUUUAGAGUACUUGAACACCUUUCACUCGUGAUAUCACCCAUAGUCAGUUUUUGUUUCAAUAUUUAAUGCAUUAAAAACACAGAUGAAAUGUUGAAAGGGUGUAAAUUUGUUUAUGGCGUGAGUGUUUGUAUCUGUGUGUGUAUGAAAGAAUAAUUACUGAAGGAAGACAUUUAGAAUAAAUGCAUGGAAAAAGAAAUGUUUCCUCAUAUGGCCAUGUUUAUGAAAGUAUAAACAUAUUUUAAAAUAAAUUAAUGUUACUGACAAUGUUCAUAUACCAUCAAGUGACACAUUGUACAAGCCAGCAUAGUAAAGGGAAGCUUGUGGUGUCACAACAUGAUAAUUUCUAAAUAUAUUAGUCUUGUCUCAUUUGAGUCUAUAGAACAUUGCAAAUACUCCAGCCAUGCAGAUUAGUACAUGUAAACCUGCUUUAGUCUCUCCUUCAAAUGUUAUUACUGCCUCUGGAUUUCCUCUGCAUUUCUUACUAAAAAUUAUUUUCUCAAAAUAAAUGUACAGUUUUUGAACACAGA